AUGAAUGAACGACAAUUCUGGGAACAUCCACUCGGCAGUUGGCUUAAUGACAUCGCUUGCGGUACUUCCCCGGUAGUAGAGGAGAAAAAAUGGCGAUCACCCGGCCGAAGUGAUCUACCGCUUGCAUACGCUGAACUAUGUGACGGAGUGCUGUUAAGUGUGUUAUUCCAUCAAAUCGAUCCAUCAUCGGUGGACGUGGUCUCACCACGAGAAGUUCGACAGUGUGAACAGGACCAACUCGCCAAACAGCGGCUAUUCGGCGCUUUGAUUGAAGCGAUCCGGAAACUUUACAAGCGUCGACUACGUCAACUGAUCGUACUGUCCCCGCCCGAUAUUCUAACUAUCGUACGUAAUCCGCGUGCAGAUGUAUCCGGGGAGGAAUUGAACAAAUUUGUGCUGCUUCUACUAGGUUGUGCGGUACAAAGUGAUAAAAAGAAGACAUUUGUAAGUCGUAUCACAAAGUUAGAGAAGCGACUUCAACAAGGAAUCGCCAAAGAGAUCCAGAAGAUCACCGAAAGCUCAUCGGUUGUGCUCAGUAUCGAUUCAUUGUCCAGAUACGACGAUACUGUCAUCGAUCAUAUCGAGAAGCUUGUCGAUCAACGUGACGCCUACGCACAAACACUUUCUCAUAUGGCAGACACGGAAAGUGACGGUGGUGGAAGUUCCACUGAGAGCUCUUCGGUAAACGGUGAAGUCGAGCAUCGAAGACGAAUUGAAAAGCGGCUUAGUCGGCGAACUCCCUCACCACCGUUUUUGGAUCGACACGCUACCGUGGAAUUAAGCGCAAAAAACGCAGAAUUGCGCAAACUUCGCAAAGAGACUGAGGACAAAGACGAUCGAAUAAAUGAGCUUACCGAUGAAUUAGAAGCUUGUGAAGCGGAGGUAAGAAAAUUGAAAGAUGAGCGUAUCGAAUUGGUUAAGGAUGCACGAGCGGCUAAAAAUCUUCGCGACGAGUUGGAUUGUGUUCAGCAAAAGCUUGAUCGACUUGAGAAACUUGAACGAGAAAAUUCUCAUCUUCACGAGAAACUUUCCAAAUUAGAAUAUGUUCAGUCACAAUUAGAGCAUCAACGAGCCGAUAAUGCCACAUUGGAAAUGUCUAUAGAGCAACUGGAAGGUGAACUUGAGAUACUUCGACAGGAGAAAAAGACUCAAAAUGAGACUCAAACUCGCCUGAACGAAGCUCAACAGAGUAUGCGAUGCCUACAAACAGAUAUAAGCGAGAAAAAUACGAGAAUCGAGGAGUUGUUAGUGGAACAAUCACGUCUAGAAGGUGAACUUAUGUGUCUCAAUGGGAAAAUCCUCGAAAUGGAGAGGCAUAUGGACGGUCCGAAUCACGUUCCACGUGAGAGUUUCGGUUCACUCGCCGACGAGAUGGCGGACAGUGAACGUAGCGAGGUGAUGCAGCUGCGAUUGGAGAAUCGUAAACUUCGUGCUCAUCUCGAUUCCACUGAAAACUCAACGGUCUCGUCAGCUGAGCUGGAUCAACUGAAAAUUGAGCUGGAGGACCGAGACAGACAGGUUUCGGAGAGACGCAGCGAAAAUGAGGUUAUGCAACGUCAAAUGCAAACCCUGGAAGUCACCAUAUCACAGUUGAAUCAAGAGAUUGCAGAGACGAAUGCGGACAGGGAAAAAUUGCGAACGGAGCGUGACGAAUCGGUGAUGUCGUUGAUUGACGCCAGGAAAAAAUUCGCACAGUUUCAAACUGAAUUCGGCAGGAAAUUCGAACAAGAGGCUCAAACAAAGGUAAUGGAGAUGGAGGCCGAACUUCAGGAACUUCGCCGAAAACUGAACUCAGCCGAAGAGGAGCGAAGACAAACAGAAAAACAACUUCAUCGUGUCUGUGAUGAACAAAAAAGCCUACGAGUAACAGUUGACGAAUUGCGUGAAGAGAAGGCAAACGCAGAGACGCAGAGUGCCACAAAUGAACGUGCACGUCGUAGUGCAGAGACGGAGAGGAACUCUUUAAAGGUCCGUAUCGAGGCUUUGGAUGUGGAAUGUGAAGAGUUACGGGAACGAGCCAGAUGUGCCGAAGAUGCUAAACGACGAAUGGAAGCAAGUGAACGACGUUUAGCCGAAUUACAAACUCACGUCGGUGAUUUGGAAGCGGAGAAUCGUACGCUUCAGCAGCAGAUGGAACUCGAAUUGCAAAAAACACAACGACUUCGUGAGGAUCUUGUCAGCGAAAAAUCCAAGGGUGCCGAGUUGGUCAGUCGACUGCGUAGCGUAUGCGCUGCGGUCGCGUUGAAUGGCGGAAAAAUUGAAGUGGAAAUGGAUGAUCAUCAGCUGAUCGAUUCUAUCGAUGAUGUGAUCAUGGGUGCGUUGACGGCUGCAAAACGUGAAGCGGACGCGUUGCGACUACAACAACAUACACAAAUUGCCGAGUUGAAUGACCUUAAAAGUGACAUCGAAAAACUAAGACGAAGCGAAAGCGCUUCGCUUGUUGAAAGUGACGAUCGCGUACGUGAACUAUCGAGAGAGAACGUUACACUUAAAGAGCAGGUGUUCCUCGUGCAAGAGAAAGUUCGAGAACUUCAAGUUGAAAUCGCUGCUAAGAAUAGUGAAAUCGCUACAGCGAAGAGAGGAAUUGAAGAACUGAAUCGAAACGCGACUGCUGCAUCUGCAUCGAACACAGAACUAGCACGGCUGCAAGUCUCUUUACGAAAUCUGCAACUGCAGGAAGAGCUGCUACGUGAGGACAACGCUCAACUUCGCGUACAAAUCGACCUCGCCGAAAAAUCGCGUCAAAUCGCCAAAAAAGACGCUGAUUCGUUGGCGGCUAUGCAUCAGGCGCUGUUGACGGAUCACGAUCGUCUCCAGAACCUACACGAUUUGCUAACUCAGGACUACGAAAGAGCUCGACUUGAGAACGUUGAUAUGAAGGCGAAAUUGAAAUCGCAACGGCCGAUCUCCGCUGGUCAUUCACGCGAGUUGGAAGAGAUGCGAAUGGCUCUCGAACAGGAACGAACCGAGAAGGAUCGUCAACUUCGAUCCUACGCCGAUCUCCAUAAUGAGCAUGGAGCUUUGAAGAGGGAGAUCGAUCAGAUCAGGAAAGAAAAUGACUGUUUGUCGAGGAAUUGCGAUAACCUUAGCUCCGAGAUGCGUAAGCUGAAGCUAGCCGAACAGGCUCAAAGAGCUACCGUCAAGGAUUUGAUGACCACCGUGGAAGAACAAACAAAGAAUAUUCAAGCUAAGGAGAUUGAAAUUGCUAAGUUACACAAUACGAUAGAGCUCCUGACGAAGGUUAAUCGAGUUUACGAGGAGGAAAGCAAAAAUCUUGGCCGCCAGGUGGAAACACUUUUACACUAUAAUCGUGAACUUCAAGAAAAAGCAUUAAGUGAGAAGAACGUGGCACACUUGGAACAGAAACAAUUCCAGGAACGACUUUCCGCUCUUCAACGACACAAAGAAAAGUUAGAAGAGAAAAUCAUGGAUCAAUAUCGAUCAAUGGAAAGCAAAAAAGUAGUGGAUCGACAAAAACAGCCACUUGUGAAACGAGCAGCAAAAGCGUUGAUUAGCAGGCGUCGACCAUCGAUCCCUAGUGGCGGUUCGACGACGGAGGAUAGCAGUGUUUACAGUGCUGAUGAAGGAUCACCACCAUUAACAAACGGAAUCGAAGACUUCGAUCCGUUCCCACCUACGUGUUCAUCGUCUGAAGAUCAUGAUCGUAUCUCACCGCCGCGAAAUGAGCCGACCUUAACGGGACAAGAUCCGCUACAUGAUGACUUCGUACGUUUCCGUGGUGGCAGCGUUGGCAGCUCCUUGAGAGAUUACUCACCUCGUCGUGAUACGUUGCUCAGUCAAAUAAAUUACAACGGUCCGGAAAGAUCAGCUGACGGACCGAUGCUAUCAGCGCUUCCACCUCGUGCUCCCAUACGAAACACAAUGGCUACCGCUUCACUUCGAACACGUCCACCUCCACCCCCGUACACUGCCGGUAACGGUCGGCAAAAACCACCACCGUAUCCUGGCCGAAAUGCACCGAACAGCGCAUCGAACUGCUCCACCCCGUUGCCGUCCUCAUUCGUGCCACAAUCCGCGUCAACUCCUAAAAGCGACAAGGGUUCACCUGUGAAAGAAUGUGAACUCCCUGUGGUUGCCGAGGGGGAGAAGAGAACGUUUGUCAGGGAAAAGGAGGAACGACUCGACAAAGCGAUGAGCAUCUACGAGAAUGUUUCACAAGCUGAAGUACGAGCAAACGAAAGCACCGUAUGGUACGAAUACGGUUGCGUGUAA